GAAUACUCUGCCCACGUAACAUUGGAAUAUCAUGGCAACAAAUACACGCACGGCUCCCCGCAAGCUGAGAAGAACUGCAAAUGCAUGUGUUGCAUGUCGAAGCUGCAAGAUCAAAUGCUCUGGAGAGCCACCAUGCGCCAACUGCCAGCGACGGCUCGUAAAGUGUCGAUUUAUCGAUCCUGCCAACAAAGUCACGGUCGCAGAGGAGUAUCUUCACAACUUACAGAGACAGGCGCGAGAGCAGCAGCAUCCGAGUAGCAAGCGCUCUGUUGAUAUAGCCUUUGGACCAGAGAUUGAUGUCAAUGGCGGCUCAAUUCCAUCAUCCUAUCUGAAUGUCUCAGAAGUGCCGGCACCGUCGCCGAUCGACAAUGCACGCAGUAUCUGGACAAACCCAUUUACCUUGCCAUCGAAGAUCAUCAAGAACACGCAUAUGAUCAAGCGAAACUGGAUCUGGCUUGCCCCCUCGUCCAUGUGGUCGCUCACUGCUCGGCUUACAGUGAUGAUGACAGAGAGGCUCCAUCUAGAGCCUGUUGCAAGUGACCCCGGUUUCUUGGAGGGCGACAUAUACGACCUGCAAUGGAUGCCCUCGACGGAUGGCCCUGACGUCAGCGGCUUGCCUUCCAUCGACCAUUCUCUGUACCUCUUCAACACAGUCAAGUUCCACCUGGGACAGAACUAUCGCUUCUUUGACGAGAGCGCAUUUACUAGCCACCUGCAUGAAUUCUACUAUGGCAACGCACUGGAAAAGGCAACCGAAUGUCGUCUCUGGUUCGUGCAGUUCCUUCUCGUCCUGGCGUUUGGAAAUGCGUUUCUAUCGCGGUCAAGAAAUAGUCAGGAUCCACCCGGUUCGAGGUUCUUCGUUCGUGCCAUGUCCUUGAUGCCGGAUCUCCGCUUCUUAUGGAAGGACUGCCUACUAUCUAUUGAAGUGCUGGCCUUGGCUGGAUUGUACUUGUAUUCGAUUGACCAUAGGGAGUCGGCACACGUAUACGUUGGCCAAGCAAUACGAAUCGCUCAGUUAGAAGGGCUGCACACGCAGCUUCCUGAAGAAGAACUCGGCCCGGAGGUGUUGAUGCGAUGUCGCAAUCUCUGGUGGACGUUGUAUAUUAUGGAUCGACAUUUCUCAUCCUCUCUCGGUCUUCCAAUGACGACACAUGACAGCGACAUAACUACUCUGGUUGACCCGCCAAGCGCAUGUUCGCAACAGGAUGCUACGUUGAGUCUCCAAGUACGACUGUCGCAAUUGCUUUCAUCUAUUUUGACUACAAUAUACAAAACCGAAAGAACGCAACUGGGUACGUUCCUUGAGCAGACAAGUGCCAUAUUGCAUACCAUGGCAGGACACGCCCAGGAGAUUGAAAGAAUCAUCCGGCUGAAAUUUCAAAACUCGCUCGACACCAUGCCGAGAGGGACGCGCCACAUAACCCUGUCGUAUCACCUGUGUGUGAUGCUGGCUACGAGGCCUCUCCUACUCUCCGUGCUGAAAGAACGACUCGAGAAACUCGAUCAUGGCGAAGAAGACUGGAAGAGUCUGUUGGCUCCGACAAGAGCGUUGAUCCAUACGGGUAUCAAAUCAGCUGUGAAGACGCUUCAGAUAUUAUCGGACGAGAACAGUCUUCUUGUAUUUCUUCCAUUCGAACUCGAAUUCACAUACGGUGCCGCCAUCUACCUCACUAUGACGAAAACGCUAUUUCCACACUCUGUCGACGGCGAGGCAUGCAGCAAAUCUGCGCAUUCCAUCCUGGACGAAAUGAUCCACAAGGGAAAUAGAUUGGCUGAAGUACGAAGCGCAGAAUUGACCCAUCUCGAGCAGCUAUUCCAGCAUCUCACUACACGAAUAGAGCAACAAGACCUGCAGACUCUGUAUUUGUCAACUCCGGAGCAGAGGAAUGCUCCCGGGCCGAAUAUUCAUAAUGUUCAGGAAGAGCCUGCCACUGAUCCUGAAGCGACUACCGCGCCCCUUGCUACAGAUCUGCCAAUGUCGCCGACUGCUAUUGUGCAGGAAGCCGGCGAUCUUGAUUUUCUUGAGAGUAUUGGGAUUUCAUCUUACGAGUUUCUGUCUAUUGUGGAUCAGAUUGGGAAUCAGGAGGGGUUCAGUACUCUUGAUCCUAGCUAGCACUGCAGAAAUACGCAUGUAUUAAUAUCCACUACUUUAUCAAUCUGCUGUUGAUAUGCCAAUGGUCAGCUAGAAUAUCGAAUAUCAACAGAUGAUCCCGUGGCUGCUGCUCCGAGGGUAUCUCGGCUUCUCCACCCGAUCCUGCAGCCCCGCUCGGCCUGGUCCGCCCCCCGCAUGGACCCACAUGAAACAGCCAGUGGGCAUCG